AUGCAUCAAUGGUCGGGACAGCCGCCGCAACAGACGGCCUACUUGCCUCAGCCUCAGCCACCGGGCCUGCUGACCCCAGGGCCACCGAAUCCCAAUGCCCCACCGGAAGGGCAUCCUGGAAUGCACGAUCCGGCGAUGCUCCAGGCGGCCCAGUUACUACUUCCCGGCGACUAUCAAGCUCCCUCACUGCCGUACCUACCGGAGGACCUAAACCAUUUCCAAGAGUUUACUCACUUCUUGGAUUCCAUUGGUCUCCCAGCAGAAUGGCUGCCCUUCGAGGGUGAUCCCUCACAGAUGCAGGAUAUUGGGGUGGAAGACGUGCCAAAGCCUAGCCAGUCAACUCAAGAACAACCCAAGCGUUCAAGCAGCAUCAGAGAAGGCUCGAGGGGUGAUUCGCCGUUCCGAUCAUGGCUGCCCUCAGUACCGAGAGAAGACCAGAGUCUAGGCAAUCUUUCCGACCCAGAACCGCCACAAGUUACCAAAGCCUCUCGAUUCCAUGUCUCUGAAGACCAACGUUUCCGAUUGGCUGCUUCACUCGAGGACUUUCGCAAUGUCAUUCCCGAUUUUACCCUUCCUUCUCGCCACACUUUAACUCGCUACCUCACCUCCUACUUUGAGGGAUUCCAUCCUCAUAUUCCAUUCAUUCACGUCCCCACGUUCCGCUUCAAUGAGUGCUCCGCAGAAUUGAUUCUGGCUAUAAUGACUAUUGGAGCCCAAUACCGCUUUGAGCAUCGUAACGCCGAGAAGAUAUUCCAUGUUUCUAAAGCGGUUCUCUAUGAGCGCAUGAACAGGGAAUCCCGUUCGGGUUAUCCAAUGGGCUCCCAAUAUGGUGAUCAGGCCCAUUCUGGGAGCGUGGGCACCACUAGCUCAUCCCGUCAAAUGGAGGUGAUCCGAUGUCUUCUCGUGCUCAUGAGCUACGCUACCUGGGAGCGAGCAGGCCUUGUCCAAGAAGCAUUUCAAAUUCAAGCGCAGCUGGUUCAACACCUUCGUGAUGCUGGACUGACAGAGCCACAUUCUGAUCCGCGUGGCCAAGUCCUGGACUGGUACGAGUGGGCAGAUCAGGAGUCUGUUCGUCGGACCAAACUGAUUUCAUUUUGCUUCAUUCAUAUCCACAGCGUGGCAUACAAUGUCUAUCCAUCGCUGCGCAGCAGCGAAAUACACAUGCGGCUUCCUUGUUCUACAAAGGAAUGGAUAGCGAAUAAUGCCGCCGAGUGGGAAGCUGCUCAGAGAGAUCGCGGGCCCCAACAGCUAUUCUUUCAGGAUGCAUUGACACUUUUGCUGCAAAAGUCACGAUCCGCUGUGCCAUUGGUGCCUAUUCCUGCUCCUCUGGGCAACUACAUUCUCCUCCACGGCCUGCUCCAGAGGAUUCACAUUGUCAGCGAGCUUUCAUUACCAAAUGGGCUUCAUUCAACCAGCCUUCCGACCGAGGAACUGAACAAGAUUGAACGAGCCCUCCGCUCCUGGACCAGCGUCUGGCAACAAGCCCCGGAAUCAAGCCUCGAUCCACACAACGCCAACGGUCCCAUUCCGUUCACUUCUAGUUCUCUACUUGGCCUCGCCUACGUGCGACUAUCUUUGAAUCUUGGCCCCUACCGCCGCUUAGAAACCCGUGACCCUACAACAAUAGCUUCGGCACUACGUCGUUCUCCCAAGCCAGAGCGAAGCUAUCGCCUUAUACCGGCGCUAAUUUAUGCGGCUCACGCGCUCAGUAUCCCCGUUCGACUUGGAAUUGAUCAUAUAGCACGCAGUCAAGCUUUUUUCUGGAGUGUCCGCCACUCGCUUGCGAGUCUAGAAUGUGCAGUUCUCCUGAGCAAGUGGCUCUUCACACUUGCCGAGGCAGGUCCAGACCAAGCGCUAAGUGAGAACGAGAGCCGAAUACUCCGCUGGACGCAGUGUAUUGUCGAAGAGGCAUACACAUCUAUUGAUCUGGAAGAUGAAUCUGAAGCGCCACCCAACCUCGAGCCGGCAUCGUUGGGAAUAGCGGUUCUCAAGCUGUGGUCCAGGCUAUUCAAGCGAAACACACAGUGGCCAUUCAUAAACUGUCUUGGCCAGAGCCUGGAACAGUAUAUGACCAUGAUUUAG